GAGUUACAGCAGGAAGUCAGUUCAUUCCCAGCGCGAGGGCUGUGUGGAGCUGAGGCUGAUUCCCGGUGUGGGAUCUCUGUGAGAAGAGGAAAGCCGCCGCUCACUCGCUCACUGUUGGGUUUCGCCGGGUUGAUGGCCUCUCCGCUCGUCAUGCACUGGCCGCUGGUGUGCGGGGCCCUGGCCGCCCUCCUGCUGUGUGCGGGCCUCAGCCUGGGUGCAGGGAUCUGCGAAGAUAGAAAGAACUGCACUACCUGUCUUUCAACAGCGGACCAGAACGUGAGCUGUUUCUGGCAGGAAUGUAAAGGGAAUUCUUCUUGUGUCAACGCUUCGCUCCAUGUAUUGGUCAACUGCUCAGCCUUGAACGAAUCAUGUCAAGCCCCUACAACUCCAUCUACAACUACAAUUCCUACUCCUACUUCAACCAAUUCUUCUUCAAACUCAUCAACCACAGUUCCCCCCACUGUGAAUACUACUACAAUCAUUACAUCGACACCAACCACUGCCCAUUCCACAGGUACUACUAAUGGGACAACUGCUGUGCCUCCAUACAAGAAGACCUCUACGUUUGAUGCCGCAAGCUUCAUUGGUGGUAUUGUGUUGGUGCUUGGAUUGCAAGCUGUUGUAUUCUUUGCGGUCAAGUUCUGCAAGACCAAGGAUAGAAACUACCACACACUCUAAGAGCUGCUGCAAGUCCCAGCAUCACAGCUGUUGUGUUGGUCUGCUGUGUAUAGUUUAAGUUGCUGGAGAUGACAUGCCACUCUUUAAUUAGCCAUAUCUUAAUGGUGUAAAUAGUUAAAAUUUUUCUGUGAUUUUGGUUUUGCCUUGACAUUGUAACUUGUGGACUAGACUCAAACCACGUUUAUGUACUGGCCAUGAGGAUUUAGUGAAAACAAUUAAACCAUGCCUUAAGUAAACGUGGCCUUAAUACCUGUUAUUUUCUAAACCCAUAGGAAAUGGGUUGCCUCCAAACUAUGAAGUUUUAUUCAUGGAAGUAUAUCUUCUGUUUAAAUUUUUUCAGUGUUUUCCUUAAUGUAGAGCUGCCAACCAGCUUGAUGUCAAAUUCCAAUACGUACAUGCACAUUCUGUAGCCCACUUUAAGCAGAGAAUGUCUCAUUGCAGAUUUAAUGUUGCAAGCUGAAUUUGAAUCCCUCCUCCCCCGUUCCAUUGAAUUGUUUGCAGUAGAUCCAAACAUUUGUCAAUUAUGCCUGGUUUAUAUCUCUGAAAUAACACUCCAGUCUAUGUGUAGCGUGUGUGAUCAUUCUCAAUUUGCCAUACAUAAAAAUACAAAUCUGGAAGCAUGUUACCUGAUUGACGUCCGCUUUUGACUGUUUGGAGGAUUUAUUUUGUUCCGACAUUUUAAGGAAAAGGUAUUCCAUAUUGCUGUUUUGUGAAAUAUUGCAUGUUAUGGUAUGUUGGAGGUUUUGCAAAUGGAAAUAAUUUGCGUUCCUUUUAAGCCAUUUGUGUGAAGCUGAAAAGAAUUGGGAUGGUUUCAGAUAUGCAAGUAGAAUAUUUUUCUUGGAGCAGUGGCAACUAAAGUUGUCAGCUCUUGCAAUGACCUCAGUGAAAAGAAUUUAGCCAUUUAGUUUGGAAUUGUUUUGUUGUGUGAAAAUCAGAAGACAAUCAUUUCAGAUGUGAGAUAUUAGAAUCUAAAAGAUGUUAUUGUUGAUUCUGGGAUUGGUGUUUUUUUGAUAUAUCUUGGACCUUGACAUUAGUGCAUGUUAUAACCAUUCACAAUAAGUGGCUUCAGGUUGGAAGUAUGAGCUCCCGUUGUACAACUUGCACAUGAAAGGGAUUAACUGUAACUGGUAAUCUACAGACUUAAUACGUAAGCAAAAAGUGGUGGUGAACAAUUAUUGACCCGAAGCAGCUGAAUUAAUGAGGCUGAGAAGAGAAAGUGAAGAUUUGGGUUUUAAAGUUGUUGAUCUUAAAUUGUCAGUCUGCUGAGUUAAGUUUAUGUGCUUAGAUGCCAACCACUUGGUCCUCAUUGUUAAUACACUUGAAUUGUCCAACAGCCCCCUCGCCCAGCUCUGCUUUUCUUUCCCACCUUCUCCAGACACAAAUGCCCGCUUCCAGCCAAUUGCACAGCAACAUUAAAAGAUCACAGAUCAAGAGGCGUUUGUGUGUAAGCAGUGUCAACCUGGAUGGAAAUGGGUUGCAGGUGUGUGACAGUAGAAAAGAGUCAAAUCUAAAGUUAUGUCUUGCAUUUUUCUUUAAAUCUUUCUCUCCUGAGAGACGCUCUAUGUAGGAAUUGCACUAGUUUCAGUUUUAAUAUAGUGAGAGAGUGCAUGAUUGGCAAACAUUUAAAAUAUUUUGGGGGUAAUAAGAAUUGUUUUGAAUGUUUUAGACAACAGUGCUUGUUUGAACUGUAGUAGAUUGUGCAAACUGACUUGACUGCAAUUUUUUUUGUGAUUUAUGGCGUUUGAAAGACCAAACCAACCUUUAACAACCAACUAAACAAGAAGUCUGUAAACUCUUCUAAUUCAUUAAGCCUGUUGCAUCAUUACUACAUUUGGCCAUCUGAAACCAAAGGGAUUAUAUGUAUCAAUGUGAUCUGUAUGCUGUUUGCAGGUACUUUUUGUUAGCAACGUUAAUAUGUAAAUUUACUGGCUAUGCUCAAGACUACAGCAAAUGUGAAUUUUGAUAACUUGGUUUUACCAAAACAUGACAACUUGCAUUCAAUGUGAGGAAUCUUGUUGGUAAAAUUAAACGUGUUUCCAAAUGCUUUAAUACAUGUUGCACUGAAACAUCACAGUACCUGUUUUGCCUUUCUAUUCAUGUUUGCAUUCACAUAUUGUACUCAACAUCAACUAAACUCAGUUUUGCACUUGAAUAGAUGCUGUGCAAUUUGAGUAUGUAUCUAGGUCGAAGUGCCUUAAUGAAUGGCUUUACAAGCCAUUAAUUUGAAUUGUGGCCAAAAAUGUAACUUUGAAGGUGGGAGGGAGAAAGGGGUAUAAUUUUUUAAAACUGUUUUGGGAAUGCAUGGUUCAAGAAUUCUGCUGCCUUACGUGCUCAAACUUGUGUUAAAGCUUAAAUUUCAUUUGGAUGCUUGCAUUAGCUCUUUCCAUUGUUCUGUAAUUUUGCUUUCACAACCUGCAAUAUUUUGUCAAGAGAGCAGAAUGUGUAACCAUACCAACCAAUAAAUUUCAUGUUUUA